AAAACGUACUAAAACAAGCAAAACAAAAGAACUGUUCCUCUCAUCUGUGUGAAGAAUCACGUCUCACUAAUCUCUCCUCCCCUUUACGUUUCCCACUCCACACCCAACUCCGAAACCCUAAAAUCAUCACAAUUCUAAUAUCCGAUCAACUAUUUCAACACUGAAGAAUUCUUUGAUGAUUCAUCCUUCACUCAUAAAACUGAUCGAUUAUUUCACUUCAGAUUCAUCAAUCAAAUGAUCCCAAUUUGAUUUCACGUGUUUAUAGAACCCAAAUUUCGCUCGUUUUUUUGAAAAAUUGGAACCAAAAUUCAGGCGAACCUGAUUUUGUGGGUUUAUAAAACCCUAAUCACCCUCGAAAAUUCAGGAAUCGAAAUUCAGGCGAGUUUCAGUGGUGAUCGGAAUUCAGCAAGAGAGAGAGUGAGAGAGAGAAGCGAGCCAUGUUCUAUGGGGCGGUGGUGUGGGAUCCAUGGCUCAUCGUCGGCCAAAUUGUGUGCUUGCAAUGUUUGUAUUACGUAACACUGGGAUUAGUGUUUGCCCUUUUAGUUGGCACCAGGGUCUCCAGAAUGAGCCUCUUCUACUUCUUCGAUUACGCCGCGGUCACCGCUUCAACCGUCACCGGUUGGUGCGUCAUUGCUUCCUUUCUCCUUACUUCCCUUGCUGGAGCUGGUUACCUGCUUUAUCUGGUUGAGAGGGCAAAAAGGUGCUUAGAUUUUUCUGCAACAAUCUACAUCAUCCAUCUCUUCAUUUGUGUUGUGUAUGGUGGAUGGCCUUCGUCGUUUACAUGGUGGGUUGUUAAUAUUGCUGGACUUGCAAUUAUGGCAUUGCUUGGUGAAUAUUUGUGCAUAAAACGUGAACUUCAAGAUAUUCCUAUUACUUCUCGUUUUCGUCCAAUUCCUACAGAAGUAUGAUUGACCGGGGAAACUUAUGUGGUUGGCGGAGUUGUUAUUCUUAACUCGUAAUUGGUGACUUUGCUCUUUAAGACGCUUGUGGAGGAAACAUAAGAUGUAUAGAUUUUCAAGAAAUAUUCACGAGAAAGAUCGACUGGACCGCUUUACAUGGUGAUCUUAUUGUUUUGAUUGAUUCUACGCGGGAGCAGCACUUGGCAAGAGUUAAAGAGGUAAUUAGAAACAUAGAGCAUUCUCACUGGUUACUAGGUAUGCAUAACUUUCCAAGUUCUUGUAAAAUUUCUUAGAUAUCUUCCCAAGAGAAGCAUUUUAUUGUUCAUUACAUCAAAUCUGAAAUGGAUAUCUUGGUUGUCCAUUGUUUUUGGGGGUAAUUUCUUCCUGAUUAUAGAAAUAAAUUUUAUUCUUUUAUA